AUGGAGCGAGCUUGUGGCUGUAAAAAAAAGGAAUAUAAUAUGCAUCCAAGACAUGUCGAGUUUGAUGAUCCGGUAAGUCUAAUAUCACAUUUUUAUAUUUAUUUUAACAUCUUAGCAUUAUCAAACGGCUCCUCGUUCUCUUCCAGUCAGCCGAACGUCAUCUUUGAAGAAGAAUAAUCGGUUGAUUAAUAAGUCAAAUUCCUUCAAAUAUUAUGGAAAUUACACUCCACUUGAGGAGAAAUUACCAACGAUGACUCCUGAAGAUCUGAAUCUCCAACUGAGGAAGCUGAGGUUGAAGAAAAAAAUGACUUUAAGAACGGCUACUCAGCAUGAUUACGUUAAUUUUGAAAAGGAAUGGAAAAAAGACUCGGAAACUCAAACUAUGCGAGUUAUACUGUCUUUGUCACUCAUUAAGAGUUAUACUGAUAAUUACUAUGCUGGUGGAUAUAACUUAGUUUACUUUCAGAGUCCCACUGGUCGUUCUACGGAGGCGUGGGCGCUCUGUCGAGACCAUGGUCUAG